AAUUUUUAAUUUUUUUGUUUGGAAAUUCGACUUUUUUUUUACUCUCUUUUUUUCCCCCUUGCUUCGAGUGAAUUGAUAACAACACUUUUAUUUUCCUCUUAUUUCAUUUGUUCCCCCCCUCGAUUUGACAAAACGAAAUAAAUAAACAUGAGCUCUCACACGCAGGAGGAUUCGAAAAAGCCAAUCUACGAUUCGCAUUUGCGCGAAUACCCAGCCAUUCCAGCAACUCAGUCGCCCAGCCACCUCUCGCUCAUUCUCGGCCAGCUCCGACACACCACGCGUGAUCUCGCCGCGCAAACGCAACACUACGGACAACUCCUGGUGAAUCACUGGAUCCUCGUUGAGCAAAAAAUCGCCCAAACCGUCAGCAACACCGUACCCCAGGGUGAGAAGCUGGCUCCUGGGAUCAUAUACGUUGGAGUGGCAGCAUUGGCGGGACCUAUUUUUACGAGGAAGCGUAAUUUCGCAGUGCGUUGGUGUUCGCCGUUUGUGUUUGGAGGAUUGGCGGCGGGGUAUUUUUUGCCUGGAACAGCGCAGGUGGUUUUGCGGAAUGUUUGGGGCAGGUAUGGGGAUCCGAAGAGUAUUGAUCAAGUGGCGGCGACUUGGGAGAAUGUUAGGAGGAAGGAGGCUGAGGUGAAGAGGAGUUUGGCUGGGAGUGUGCAGGAACUCAGGCUGUCGUUGCAGGAGGGAAGGGGGUUUGGAAGGGCUAAUGACCAGGAGCAGCAGCAGCAGCAGCAGAAGACUGCUAGUGUGCGGAGUGUUGUUGGUGCUGUGAGGGAUGCGGAGGCUGUUGUGGCUGAGAAGGCCUUGGCUGUUGUGCAGAAGAUCGACGAUGUUGUUGCUGAGAAGGUCGAGCAGUCGAAGAAGAGCCUUGAGGAGUCGAAGAAGGCCUUUGAGGAGUCGAAGAAGGCUGGCUCCAAUGCUGCCAGGACUGCUCUUAAGGAGAACGAGAAGGCACAGCAGCAGCAGCAGCAGAAGCAGCUGCCUCUGGGCUUCAAGAGCAACGUCGAUAACUGAUUAUAAACAGCCUUUUAUUACAUUCUCACGUAACCCCGCGCCUGUGUUUUGGUUGGGUCACAGAUAUACAAAUACAAAAAAUUCACAUUUAAAAAUAACAUGUUCAAAAAAGACAACCCUUCUGGAAACAAAAUCCACUCAAAUUAGCACAAUAUCCAUU